CAUGUGGGGUGGUAUGAAAUAAGGGUGUCUUUUCAUACGCGAUUCAUUACUCGUUUUUUACUUUAAAAAAACCGGAUCACGUGAUCACACUACACACCCGUCAAUUUGCGCUAACGUCGCGAAUACGUAUUAAACCUUUACCAUUGUUACUGUUUUUCGUUCGUUAUACUAUCUUUUAUUAAAUAAAAAAUGGAUCCAGCGGUCUUCCCUGAAGAAAUUUGGAUUAAAAUAUUACUUUACUGCGAUGUACCUGAUAUUAUUGCGUUCGGAAGUACCUGCAAAUAUUUAAGAAAAACUUCCGACACUGAUUACCUGUGGAAAAUCAAAUGGUUGCAAUUAAUUUCAAAAGUCCAAUUCAGAUUUCCUGAUAUGAAGUGUCUUCAAUUGCUCAGUGUAAGCUUCAAAGCAAUGUGUUAUCGGCUUCAUAUGGUAAUAACUCUAGGAGAAAAUCCACCAUUCCCAAAAUGCUAUCAUUGCAGUGGAUACACGUGUCAACGUAACUGCGUAGAGGGUUCUAGCGCUAAAGUUGUAAUAGAAAUAGGAAAUAAAUAUACAUGGGUAAUUACACCACACUUUGGAUUAAGGAGACAUUUCUCGCUCUUUGGAAUUCCUAAAUGCGACAGUAAAACACAUAUGCAAAAUACUCAUCCACCACCUUCAGUAGAAAAAGCGCCAACGAGCAGUAGUACUAGUAGUCGUAUCAAGUCCGACUACCGAUCCAUUGCCAAGAAACUUAAAUCAUUGAAACUAUCCGAAUUAACGACGACAAAAAUUCCACGACCUAGUGGACCAUUUUGUGUCUUCUGUAACUCCGUUAAAUUGUAUAGAGAAAAAAAAAGGCUGCAUACACACCCAUUAGAAGCUGUGUGUUAUUCACGAUCGAAUCCUAUGUAUCAAAAAUUAGUAAAUGGCUAUUGUACAGAUACGAUUGAAGUUCUUGGAAUACCAAAUGUAGAUGUUGUAAGUCCAGCAGAAGCUUUAAACAGUGAUGGAUCUUUUCCAGUUUUAAAAACAUUUGUUGAUCACCUUUUUCAUCAAAUGGAACUUACGCCUACUUUAAGAAAACCUAAUGGAGUUUUAAUGUUUUGUGAGCCUUUGGCUAUGCACCCAGCUCUUAGGAAACAGUUAUUACAUUAUCUUUUUCAAGAAGUUAAAGUUGCCAGAGUUUGCUUAGUUCCCAAACCAUUGGCAGCGUCUGCAUUGCUAAAUAUUGAAACCUGUGUAGUAGUUGACAGUGGAGCAUUAAGUACAACAGUAGCUGUAGUGAUUGGAGGUAGAGUAAUACCCGAACGUUGGCGACUGCUUCCAGUUGGUGGUUGGCAUGUUGCAUACCAUUUGAAACAAGCCAUGCAUUGGCAGCCAAAAGAAUUUCAUCAAAUUCCAAUUUCUCAUCUUGAUACUAUGGCUGUGAAAGAACGAUGUAGACUGAGUUAUAAUAUUGAGCAUGAAGAAUUACGUAAAGGUGCUACAAAAAGAGAACAUAUUAAUCUGAGAGUUGAUAGCUACUCCGAAUACAAACAAUUUUGGAAAAUUUCAUUAGGACCUGAACUGUAUAUAGCACCAGAAAUGAUGUAUAUUAGUCUCGGACUUCCGCAAGUAAUAAAAGAAGUCACAAUGGGAUUACCUGAAGAAAUAAUGCAUGAUUGUUUAUCACAUAUUCUUUUAACUGGAGGCAAUACAGAUUUGUCAGGAUUUGCAUUAAGAUUGAAUAAAGAUUUAAGAGAAGCUCUCCCGGAAUAUCAAUCUAUACUCGAAGUAAGGAGUUGUCCAGGUACACACAGCUGGAAUGUCGCUAUGGGCUCAAUUUAUGUUCCUUUGGAACUUCACACUGAUAAAACACCACCAAAAUACGUUGAAGGAAAUCCUUUCUGGCUAUCUCGUGAAGAAUAUGUUCUUUUUGGCUGUCAAUCUCUGGAAUAAGUAAAGAUGUGGCAGGAGAGGGAAAGCAUAAGAGUGAGUAUUAGAAAAAUACGUAUCAUGUUUCAGAAACAAAUGAUCAGACUUGAAAAAAUCAUUCAAUCGUAAUAUUCGUACUAUUUCGUCCGUACAGCAUACGAUUAACAUAAAAUUGAGAAUGUUGCAACGAUUAAAUAUAGUUUAUCCCAUGUUGUUUUCAAACUGAACUAUAUUUAUUGCUCGCAUUUGAUAAUGUUAUUUAGAAAAAGAAUUUAUUUUAAAGAAAUUUGUCAUAUAAAAGAGAAUUAUAGGGAAAAAAUUUUAUUUUAAAUUUGAUUAAAUUAUUAAAGUAUUAAAAAAUAUAUAGCAAAAAAAUUGACAUAAUACAAUGAAUUAUUAUAUGUAAUUGUUAAAAAUGAUGCAUGCCAUAUAGAUUUGUCUUUAUAUUUUAUUUUUCUUUACUACAUAUACUAUUUCAGUGAAUAAAUUAUACUUAAUUAUAAUCAUGAAAGUUAUUAUUUAAAAAUUUACUAUUGAUGAAUGGAAUGUUUUUCUUUGAAAAUUUUUUCAAUUUGUAAAUAGAUGUAGGAAUUAUUAGACGUCAAGAUGUAAAUAAACAUAUGCCGAAUGAAAGUGGUUUGAAUACAGAAAUAAUGAGCAGAAAGUAAGAUAGAUUAAAUUAAUCGUUGACGGAUGAAUAAGAAGUAAAAAUUGGGUAACGAAAAGAGGCUUAAUCAAAAUGAAGUAUUAGUUUGUAUCUUCAAGACUUUCCUUCUUUGUAAGUUUAUAUGCGAAACAUCUUGCCAAAAAAGAAGACAAAUAUAAUAAAUAGGUUGAAAUUAAAGUAAUAAAAUCUUUCUAGUCAUAUUAAGAACUAAGCAAUCAAGCAAUUGAGUAAUAUAUAAACAUAAUACAUAACGAUUUCGAAAAAUGAACCCGUCUAAAAUUUAUUACCACUUAUAUACGAGAUAUUAUGAAUUACAAUAAAACUACAUUUUUUCCAUUUUUAUCGUACACCAAAUUGUACUGAAAUUCAAAUAAUUUACUAAUUGAUGCGAAUUAUAGCAACUAAAGAUUUUGCCACGACAUAGCAGAACCGAAUAAUUAUGCUCAUAAUUUAAUAGUCGUAGAUGUAUUAAUAAUCGAUUUCCACAAGUUAUAAUCAACUUUGGGAUAACUUUGAUAAAACUGAACACCAUUAGUUAGAACAUAUUCUUUAGAAAUUUUUUAAUUAUACUUAUAUAAGAAGAGAAUUUAAUUAUACUUAGAAGAUGGAGUUAGAAGAAUUUUAAAUUCUUUUAUUCUGUUAUGCCGUAGCAAAAUUUAUAAAUACUA